AUGCCUGAGGUAUCUUCGAAGGGCGCCACCAUCUCUAAGAAGGGCUUCAAGAAGGCUGUCACUAAGACUCAGAAGAAGGAGGGGAAGAAGCGCAAGAGAACCCGAAAAGAAAGCUACUCCAUUUACAUCUAUAAGGUGCUGAAACAGGUUCAUCCUGAUACUGGCAUCUCCUCCAAGGCCAUGAGCAUCAUGAACUCUUUCGUCACCGACAUCUUCGAGCGCAUCGCGGGCGAGGCGUCGCGCCUGGCUCACUACAACAAGCGCUCGACCAUCACGUCUCGGGAGAUCCAGACGGCCGUGCGCCUGCUGCUGCCCGGGGAGCUGGCCAAGCACGCCGUGUCCGAGGGCACCAAGGCCGUCACCAAGUACACCAGCUCCAAGUAAACCUGCCAAGAGAAACAA